UCAUUUGGAAGAGAGAAUGGUGACUGUGUCUCCAGCUUCACUUUGCCAUGCAGGAUCCUCAGUUUGAAAACAAGAUCUGACAGCAUGGAAACCAGUGAGUUGCUCAUAGGAUUGAUUUUCUUCUCUCUGACUAUAAUAGGAGUUCUAGGAAAUAUCACUCUUCUAUACCACUAUAUAUAUUUUUAUCUAACAAAGUAUAGGUUCAGGUCUACAGGCUGGGUUCUGAGGCACUUGAUUGUAGCCAAUAUCUUAACUGUACUGUGUGAAGGAGUGCCCCAGACAAUAUCUUCUUUUGGAUUUAAAGACUUUCUCAACGAUAUUGGAUGCAAAUUGCUUUUUUCUAUGCACAGAGUAGGUAGGGGUUCUUGUAUUGGCAGCACCUCAUUUCUUAGUGUGUUUCAGGCCAAAAUCAUCAGCUCCAGGAAUUCCAAAUGUUUGGAACUUAAACUGAGAACACACAGGUGUGUUUGUUACUCUGUGUACCUCAACUGGGUAAUUCAUUUAUUUAUAAGCAGCGUUAAUUUUGUGCACAUAAGGGCAAAAUGUGGCAAUGAAAGCACAACAAAACUGAAAUCUUUUAUAUAUUGUUAUUCUGCCCGGCAUGAUCCAACCAGUGACAUCCUUUAUGCAACAUUACUGUCCACUCCUGAUAUGCUUUUGCUGGGGCUAAUGCUAUGGGCCAGUGGCUCCAUGGUUCUCACACUGUACAAGCACAAUAAGAUGAUGCAAUACAUAUCCAGGACCAGUGUUUCUUCUAGAUUCUCUCCAGAGACCAGAGCCAUUAAAACCAUCCUUCUCCUGGUCAGUAUUUUUGUCUCCUUUUACACAAUUUCUUCAACUUGUCAGUUCUUGGGAGCUCUUUUGUAUAAUCCCAGCUUGUCUCUGGUUAAUAUGAAUGCAAUGUCCUCUCUGCUUUUUCCAACUGUUUGUCCCUUUCUUCUCAUGAGCCAAGAUUAUCAGGCAUCCAGUUACUUGAAAAGGAAUAGAAAUUUCCCCAAAGCCUCUGACCAAGAACAGAAUUGA